AGGUCUCUUGCGCAUGCGCAGUCUUCAUGACGAGGAUACGCCUUUGUGUUGAAAUCGAAAGUAAACUCUCGAUACUUACCGAAUGUAACUUCACAUUUCGAAGACUUAAAAACUGUCGUAAAAAUCUCAUUACGGCCUCGUGUCAGUCUGUCAUUAUGGAGAUCAGAGAGAGAUCUUCAUCUCCAGAUCACACCAGAGAGUCUCUGAAGAGCCACAGAUCCAUGAAUCCUCCUGAAUCCAGUGAUGAUCCAGUGACCUCUGACCCCAGGAUCUGCAGUCAGAGAUCUUCAUCUCCUGAUCACAGCUAUGUGUCUCUGAAGAGUGACGGAUCCAUGAUUGAUCCUCCUAAACUCAGUGAUGAAGCAGUGACCUCUGACCCCAGGAUCUGCAGUCAGAGAUCUUCAUCUCCUGAUCACAGCUAUGUGUCUCUGAAGAGUGACGGAUCCAUGUUUGAUCCUCCUAAACUCAGUGAUGAAGCAGUGACCUCUGACCCCAGGAUCUGCAGUCAGAGAUCUUCAUCUCCUGAUCACAGCUAUGUGUCUCUGAAGAGUGACGGAUCCAUGAUUGAUCCUCCUAAACUCAGUGAUGAAGCAGUGACCUCUGACCCCAGGAUCUGCAGUCAGAGAUCUUCAUCUCCUGAUCACAGCUGUGUGUCUCUGAAGAGUGACGGAUCCAUGAUUGAUCCUCCUAAACUCAGUGAUGAAGCAGUGACCUCUGACCCCAGCAGAGCAGAUGGAGAGCGAAGCGUCUCUGGAGGAGUCUCCUCUGUCUUCUGUCUGAACAACACGAGCGUUACAGCGUCUCUGAAUAAACAUGAUCAAGCAGUGAAUGAUGAACUACAGAGAGUCAAAGAGCAGCACAAAACCAGCAUGAAGAACAAGUAUGAGAGAUUAUGUGAGGGACUGAAACUCCAGGAGAAUGAAAGCCUCCUGAACAGCAUCUACACACAGCUCUACAUCAUAGAGGGAGAGAGAGAAGGAGUGAAUGAAGAACAUGAGGUUUUACAGAUGGAGAAAACAGCCAGAACACAACCCUCACAAGACGCUCCAAUCUACUGCAAUGACAUCUUUAAAGCCUCCGCUGAAGCAGGAUCUGAGGAGAAAGAGCAGAUCAAGACUGUUCUUACUAAAGGCAUCGCUGGAAUCGGAAAAACCGUCUCUGUGCAGAAGUUCAUUCUGGACUGGGCCGAGGGAAAAGCCAAUCAGGAUGUAGAUUUCAUGUUUGUGCUUCCAUUUCGAGAGCUGAACUUGAUCCGAGAUCAUCAGUACAGUCUUCACAGACUUCUGCUGGACUUUCAUCCUGAACUUCAAGAUCUGGACUCACAGAUUUAUGAGGAGUGUAAAGUUGUGUUCAUCUUUGAUGGUCUGGAUGAAAGCAGAAUCACACUGAUGUUUUCAGACGCUCAGAAAGUUUGUGAUGUGACUGAGACUUCAUCAGUGGCUGUGUUGAUGUCAAAGCUGAUGAAAGGAGAGCUGCUUCCCUCUGCUCUCAUCUGGAUCACCUCCAGACCAGCAGCAGCCAAUCAGAUCCCCUCCGAAUACAUCCACCGUCUGACAGAGAUUCAGGGAUUCACUGAGCCUCAGAAGGAGGAAUAUUUCAGGAAGAGAAUCAGUGAUGAGCAUCAAGCCAGCAGAAUCAUCUCACACAUCAGAAGAGCAAGAAGCCUCCACAUCAUGUGCCACAUCCCCGUCUUCUGCUGGAUCUCAUCCACUGUGCUUCAGAAGCUCCUGGAAGAAGAUCUGAGAGCAGAAAUCCCUCAAACUCUGACUGAAAUGUACAUCCACUUCCUGCUGAUUCAGAUCAACAUGAGGAAGCAGAAGUAUGAAGAGAGAGAUCCAGAGAAACUCCUGCCGUCCAACAGAGAAGUGAUUGUGAAACUUGCUGAAGUGGCUUUCAAACAGCUGAUGAAGGGCAAUGUGAUGUUCUAUGAGGAGGACCUGAUUGAGAGCAGCAUAGACGUCACUGACGCCUCAGUGUAUUCUGGGAUUUGCACUGAGAUCUUUAAGCAGGAAUCUGUGAUUCAUCAGAGGAAAGUCUACAGCUUCAUUCAUCUGAGCGUUCAGGAGUUUCUCGCUGCUUUCUAUCUGUUUUACUGCUACUUAACAAAGGACAAGAAAACACUGCGUGAAUUCAGAUUAUAUAGAUCUGUUAAAGUCUCUCUGUAUGAUCUACUAACAUCAGCAGUAGAUAAAACUCUGAAGAGUGAGAAUGGACGUCUGGAUCUGUUCCUGCGGUUCCUGCUGGGCGUCUCACUGGAGUCCAAUCAGAGACUCUUACAGGAUCUACUGAAACACACAGAGAACAGCUCAGAGACCAUCAGCAGAACCACACAGGACAUUAAAGAUGAGAUCAAAGAGGAAGAUGAUCUCUCAGCUGAUCAGUCCAUCAAUCUGUUCCUCUGUCUGCUGGAAGUGAAAGAUCAGACUCUGUUCAGAGAGAUUCAGGAGUUUGUGAAAUCAGACAAACACUCAGAGAAACUCUCUCCUGCUCACUGCUCAACAAUCUCCUACAUGCUUCAGAUGUCAGAGGAGCCUCUGGAUGAACUGAACCUCCAGAAAUACAACACAUCAGUUGUGGGGAGAAGAAGACUGAUACCAGCUGUGAUCAACUGCAAAAAAGCUGUGUGAGUGUUUCAUCAUCAACUAAACUAUCAUAUUUAAUAAUGAAUCUGACUCCUUUACAAUAAAUGUUCCUGAAUGAGAGAUUUUCUCCUGAAUAACAGAAUCUUAAAGGAGUCAGGACAGGUGUUUUUAAUCCAGUAGAUAUUAGAGUAAAGCCUGUGUUAGCGGCGCGGGUAAAAACAACCCCAUCACAUGAGAAACUGGUUCAUUAAAUCAGCAGCAGCUGCAGCAAAGAGACGCUCCACACAUUGAUCAGUAAAGCUGACCUUCAGACAUUUCACUUGUGCUUGAAGUGUCUGACUCUUUACUGGACAACACUAGACACUAUUUUACAUUAUUAUACAUUUAAAGAGAGACGCAGUAUGCCAUAAAAUAGUAUUUCUGUGAAGGACUACAGAACAAGCUCUGAUUCACAACAUUAGUGUCCAAACACAGAAAUAAAACCCGGUCUAUUCACCUUAUUCCGCCCCGCCCACUUUUAAUACUUCGCAUUUCCGCAUUUUGUCAUCCGACUUCCGCUAAACCGAUACGGCACGUCCGGUUACUAGUUUAGUAGUUGUACGAUUGUUUAUAGUUUGCUAUAACUGUGGAGAAAUUACAAAGAACGUUAUUUUAUAAAUUGGGAGCACGAUGAAAACGUCUUACGACGAUCAAAUGGUCUCAAAUUGUCCCAUCCAUCGUCGCUGUUAACGUGGGUAAUGUUAGACGAUAUGAAGAAGUGGCCAGAGUUAACCUAUAUAUUUAACUGCCCUGUCAGGAGGAGUUGAUGGAGCA